CAACUUGUGAUCGUAGACGAGUGGUGAAACCUCCCACUUUCAAUGUGAUUUCUGAGGAUAAAAUCUGUUCCAGUUCCAAUCAUCAUGAGUUUCCUCGGCUUUGGGCAAGGGGCGGACAUUGAUAUUGUCCUCGACGAUGCCGGCUCUCGCAAGAUGGGGGAGAUCAAGACGGAAGACGGCAAAAAAGAGCGACUGUAUCUCUUCUACGAUGGGGAGUCGAUCACCGGAAAGGUGAACGUGAACCUGAAGGGGCGAAAGCUGGAACACCAGGGCAUCCGCAUCGAGUUUGUCGGCCAAAUCGAGUUGUAUUACGACAGAGGUAACCAUCACGAGUUCACGUCCCUAGUCAAAGAGCUCGCCCGGCCCGGAGAAUUGACACAGUCUACAGGCUAUUCCUUUGAGUUUUUGAACGUCGAGAAACCCUACGAGUCUUACACUGGUGCCAACGUCAGGUUACGAUAUUUCUUGCGUGUGACGAUAACGAAACGGCUGACAGACACGGUCAAAGAGAUGGACCUGUUGGUCCACACGCUGUCCCACUAUCCAGAAGUCAACUCCUCCAUCAAGAUGGAAGUCGGCAUUGAAGACUGCCUCCAUAUAGAAUUUGAAUACAACAAAUCAAAGUACCACCUUAAGGAUGUUAUUGUUGGGAAAAUCUACUUCCUGCUGGUACGAAUCAAGAUUAAGCACAUGGAACUUGCCAUUAUCAAAAGAGAGACGACAGGAUCAGGUCCUAACACCUUCAAUGAGAACGAAACUAUAGCGAAGUACGAAAUCAUGGACGGGGCACCAGUCAGAGGUGAAUCCAUUCCCAUCAGGCUGUUCCUCUCCGGCUACGAGCUGACGCCGUCGAUGCGAGACGUCAACAAGAAGUUCUCUGUUCGGUAUUACCUGAACCUUGUCCUUGUUGACGAAGAAGAGCGACGCUACUUCAAGCAGCAGGAAAUUACGCUGUGGCGAAAACCCGACAAAGCAAAGAAACCCCAAAACUUCCAGACCCAGAAGUUUGUCUCUCAAAAAUCCUAGAACGGGACGCCCAAAUCUCUCUUCUCAUCUGUAGGUCUGGAGACGACGACUUAUUAGAGUGAGAACACGGAGAAGGGCUGUACAUCUAUAUCCACGUCAGCUUGCACAUGUAUAAUUGGUGAUCAUUUCUUUUUUUAUUGACUGAGUAGUGAGUUUUGGUUGAGAAAAGACGCGAUACUCACUCGUUGGUUACCAAUGUAGAGCGUGGGCUGAUUCUGGGAUACAGUUGCCACCAAUGUGCUCCCGGCUUCAGUAGUCAAGGUGAUCUCGAGAUCGUCGGAUUCCGGUCUGCAUGCAGUCUCGCACAGAGCUUGAGAAAAAACUAGCUCAUGAUCCAAUAACUGUCUUUGCCUGCAUAAUUUUUAGGGCUUAUGUUUUUCUUCAUGGGGGGGCCUAAAGGUUCGGGUAGUUUGGGUUUUGGUAACUUAAAAUUUAUGACAUUAUGAAAGAUGUUUUCUCCUCUAGCAAGUGAGAUGGCACAAAUAUGUGAUUGCGGUUACAGUAUACAUGCAGAUGAUCAGCAUUCAUGCAUAAUAAAUGAAUUUCACUGUUGAAUUAUUCAUUAUGAAGGCUUGGGAAUCUACAUUGGUAGAGAUGUUUACGGCAGUUGGCUGUGAACCACACCUGCUAGUCCUUAACCCUAACCCUACAUAAUACUACAAAUUACUACUUGUAGUAAAAUGUAGUACUGAGUGCUGUCGCUUGU